AUGAAGACGUCCAUGAAUUACAUCAUACUAAACCUUGCUAUACUAGAUGCCAUGACUGGUUUCUUUGGAAUAUUCUUUGUCAUCGCAAACGAUAACAGAGGUGUUCUUGGUCCACCAGUUCUCCAACUGGCAUACAAUCAGAGUAAAACACUAGCUGACSACCUUUGUAAGCUCAGGUGUGCAUAUUGGUUCGGUGGAGCUGUUUCUCCUCUAUUACUAACCGUAAUGGCGUUCGAAAGAUAUAAAGCUAUUAUUCAUCCCCUUUCUUCCCUAGGAGGAGGCACAAAAGCAAGGCUAAAAUGGAUUUUGCUUCUUUCGUGGAUCUCAGGGUUUGGAGUYUAUAUUAUUGAUAUGAUAAUCGCUCAGUAUAACAUCAAGUAUGUCAUUUGUGAUUACAAAGAUUAUCCAUGGUUCAACCGCAAGAUCUACUUUAUUGUGUUUGCCAUUGGGAUGUACAUCAUUCCCUGCAUUGCUAUGAUUACUUUCUAUAGUCGUGCAAUUCUUGCUUUAAGAAGACAUGACCAAGUACUUUCAAGUCAAAUUGAGGGUCGUAGRGUCAGAAAUAACGCUCGAAAAAGGGUCUUAAAAGCAGCCAUCUUGGUAACUUGUAUAUUUUAUAUUUUGUGUGGACUACCUUACACUCUUAAUGGUCUGGAUGAAUUGCUUGGGAUUUUUUCAGCAUCGAGUAAAGAUUUGUUCUUUGAAGCUGCCACUUUAUCUACAACUUUAAACUCCGCAAUCAAUCCGUUCGUAUAUUUUUUCUUCAUCAAGUCAUUUCGCGAUGGCUUUCAUCGUGUUUUCAUCUGUCCAAGAGAGCGAAUGUGUUCAGCAUUCACUGCAAUAUCUUUAUCACGGCGUUCCAAUAGCUUCGAACGUACUGAUACUAUUACUGAAAGUUCUGUUAAUCAACCAGCACUUGUUGCAGUGAAAGCAAACGAAGAGACGUUAGAAUUUAAUGUCGGAUUCCAUUGCAAUAAUGGAUACCGGUGCGACGGCCUUAGAAAAAUAUCCACUUCAUCAUCUUAA